GGCCUGAGGGGCGAGGAGAUCGGGGGGAGGAAGACGGCGGCAGCAUGGCGGCCGGGUACGAGCCGCCCAACCCUCCUCUUCCCCGCUGUCGCCGCCGCCGUCGCCGGAGUCGCUGGGACCUUUCCGUCUGCGUGUGUUAGCUGGGAGCCGGCCGCCCGCCCGUCAGUUCUCCGGCCCACCUGCCCGUCUUCCUUUCACCGCCACUGCCAGCCUGAGGGUCGGGCCGACCGGUAGCUCCCUCCCCACCCACCGGCGCGCGGGCAGGGACCAUGGAGGACAUGAAGCUGGAGUUCCCGUCGCUCCCACAGUGCAAAGAAGACGCCGAGGAAUGGACCUAUCCUAUGAGACGAGAGAUGCAGGAAAUUUUACCUGGAUUGUUUUUAGGUCCAUAUUCUUCUGCUAUGAAAAGCAAGCUACCUAUACUACAGAAACAUGGAAUAACCCAUAUAAUAUGCAUAAGACAAAAUAUCGAAGCAAACUUUAUAAAACCAAACUUUCAACAGUUAUUUAGAUAUUUAGUCUUGGAUAUUGCAGAUAAUCCAGUUGAAAAUAUAAUACGUUUUUUCCCCAUGACUAAAGAAUUUAUUGAUGGGAGCUUACAAACUGGAGGAAAAGUUCUUGUCCAUGGAAAUGCAGGGAUCUCCAGGAGUGCUGCCUUUGUUAUUGCAUACAUUAUGGAAACAUUUGGAAUGAAGUACAGAGAUGCAUUUGCUUAUGUUCAAGAAAGAAGAUUUUGUAUUAAUCCUAAUGCUGGAUUUGUCCAUCAACUUCAGGAAUAUGAAGCCAUCUACCUAGCAAAAUUAACAAUACAGAUGAUGUCACCACUCCAGAUAGAAAGGUCAUUAUCUGUUCAUUCUGGUACCACAGGCAGUUUGAAGAGAACACAUGAAGAAGAAGAUGAUUUUGGAAACAUGCAGGUGGCAACUGCACAGAAUGGUUGACUCAAGAGCAACAUUAAAGAGGAUGUGAAUUUCUAUUUGGAAAAGAGAAGAUACUAGAGACAAUAAUAAUGUAAAAUGGUAAAAACACAUGUAGUUUUUUUUUUUCCAAUUAUAUGUUGCUUCCAGAUGUGUUUCUCUGCAAUUUGAUAAGCAACAUUUUAAGAUGUUGGACUUCUUCAAUAGAUGGCACUGAUGGUUUUUCUUUUUUUUUUUUUUUUUUUUUUUUAACUUCACAGUUUUAUUAUAAACCAAGAAUUUUGGACUUGCAAAGAGGUAUUAUUGCAAUAAUGCACUUUUCAUACUUGAAAUUUAUUUGUAUGAUAUAAAGUUAUUACUUUAAACAAAAUGCAAGUUAGGGGGGAUUUGUUUAUAAAAUCUGGGUAAUUUAUAACAAAAGAAUUUCCUAAAAUUUGCUAAAAAUUCAUUUUGUGUUCUAUAAAUUACAUUUUAAAAAUAAUUUUACAGUUCAAUUUUGUGGAGCCUCUUACAGAAACAUUAACAAAUGCAGGACUCUGCUGCAUUCCUUUUUAGUAUAAUUCAAUAGCUUAAUUCCCCUUUUAUUUUUUUAAACUUCUUGAACCCUUCUUAAUAUAAAAUCAUGAUGUUAGCUAACUAUCCUUACUUUAACACGAUCCAAGUAUUUCUUCCUAUUACCUUCCCAAUUUUAUUCUAUAGAAAAGAACUGCAAAGUUUAAUGAACAAAGGAUGAUAUUUUUCUUUUUAAUACCAGGUCCUCAAAAACAGUUGCAGAUUUUAAGAUGACUUUCCUUUUUGCAUUUCUCAAAAGCCAAAUGUUGUGUUUUUUUCUUUUUAGAGUUGUUUAGCCUUUUUUUCCUGUUGUUCCAAAAUGGUUCUAAGUAGAAUAUGAUAAACGUAUGUAGCACUAUUUUUUUUUCCUAAAUGAAGCCCAAAAAAGAAAAGUGCCUUGUAUCAUUAAAAAAAUAAAUAAAUAAAUCCUAUGACCUCUAAAUUAGUAUGUAGGACAGUAAAAAUUCUUUAACAUUUUUUGUAUUUUUUUUUAACCAUCAUUUAGUUUAAACAGUGUAUGAGGUUUAAAGAAACCUCAGUAAACUAUUUGGAAUAUGGAACAUUUACUCCUUCAUUUUAUGCUUGUCUUAAUGAUUCUGUGAGGUGGUUCUGGCUCAGACAGAAGCUCUUCUUUGAAAAUGCAUUUAUUGGGGAAAGUGAUUUGUGGGAGACUUCAGUGUAUUUUAAAUUAAUAUUUUUAAUCAUUUCUUUACAUUGAAUUAAUAUAAAUUUCCCCCAUAAUUUGUGUUUAGCAAAGUCACUUUAUGGACCCUUGGUUCUCCUAUUAUUAUUUAUACAUAUAAAAAAGGUUCUAAGAAAAACAUUUUUGCUAUUUUAAGUAUGACGUGAGGAAGGAGAGGAGUGUUUUUAACUUUUUUAUAGGUGAUUUGGAGCACAAACAAAACUCCUUUGUAUCUCACUUUUCUCAAUCCUCUCUUGAGGUGCUUUACUGUUGGGAAUGAUGUCCAUACAUUCCCUUGGUACCAAAAGGUACUUAUUCUAGGUAACCUAUUACAUCAAGUUACUUGCUUUGCUUUCCUCCCUAAGCUGUAAUAAUAGAGCUCCUCACACACACCGCCUCCAGCAUAGCGGAAGUCAAAAUGAAUUAAACUUGCUUUAUUAAUUCCUGUUGACCCAAGAAAUCUGAUUUCCCUUCCCUUCUCAUUUUACCACCCCAAAAAGAGCAUAUUGUUAAUCCCACUGUGGUCUGGUAUUCUGUUGUGUGAUUAGGUUAUUUGGUACAGUGGUCUAAGUAGUCAAAAUUUGCAUUGAGUGUUCAGAACUUCCAACUGGUAAAGUGCCAGAUAACAGAACUCUCCUGUAUAUAGAUCAGCAACAUCUCUCUUGUAAUCUUAUGAUGCUUCAUUCAGCAGAAACUGUUUCAAAGAAUCUUCACAAUACCAAAUUUAGGUUUUUUAAUGAGACACUUAAGAUUUUUAAAAUUAGUUUCUUAAUACACAUAUCCUCUCUAGUAAUCUAACUAAAAAUACAGAUUUGGUUAUUUAAUUUAUAACUGGUAAUUUUCCACUUUUUCUAGCCACUAUAAUUUUUAUGUCAUCACUAAAGUGCCUGCCCAGCACUAUAUAUUAAAGACCAUCUCUCACAAACACUAGGAAAAGGGACUGUCAUAUUCUUGAGUACAUUUAUUAAUAUGGACAAACAUGGUUUAUUCUUUUUAUAUAGGAAUAUUGCAAGUUUGUUUUACCUUAGAUUUAUUCUUCCACCUAAUGUUCAACUAGUUCUGCUAACUCUUAACUAGUCUUCUGUUUGGUUCCAUUUCUGUAAUUCCUUUAUUUCCACUGAUGUUUUGUGAUCAUUAACUACAGUGAUUUAACCAAUCAUGAUUUACUUUCUAAGAUAUCUGAAUAAUGUAUGAAUGAUGUAGCACCUAAUUUUAAACAUUAAGUUGAAUCUGGGCACAAAACUUAAAGUGAAAUUGCAUCAAAACAUAGGAAAAUUGCUUUACUGUCCAUUUUGAAAGUAUGUAACUUAAAUAUUCAAACUGGAAUGGCAGUAUUCUAAUUUCAGAUAACUAAUUCAUGUUAAUCUCAUAUCUGUUAGAUGUUUAAACAGCAGUUACUUUUAUUUUAAUACUAUGCUAUGGUGGAAAUGUUAAACCGUGAUAGCUUUUGCUACCAACUCUCAACCAUUUAACUUUUAGAGCAGAAUAUGUUUGUUUUGAGGGUAUUUUGUGCUUCAUCUGAGUUUAGAAGUAAUGUCAGAAAAAGCAUGUCCUUUUUAAGAAAAUAUAAGGUUUAUAAUUGUCUUAUUACCAUGGUAAUUCAAGUGAAUUAGAAGUAUUUAACUGCAGUCUUGAAUUAUAAAGUUGGGAUGUCUGUAUCUAUAUAUAUUGAGAUCUCAACUUGAUGUAAAGUAAAUGAGCAGUUACCUGGCGGAUUUUUCUUUUAAAUAACUGGUUUAACCCAUAAUUCCAUUACAAACUUAGCUUCACGUCAAUAUUUAUUUUAUCGUUGUCCAUUCAACAAUGCUCCAGUGAGGAAAUAAUAGCUGAGAAUUACUAAAUGAUUUUUUUUUAUUGAUUAGAAAAAUAAGUUUUUAGGGUCUUUGAAUGCUGGAUUUUUUUUUUUCCUUUUUUGUCUUACCCAUUCAUGGCAGCUAAAAAAAAAAAAUCACUCAGAAUAUUCAGGUUUACAUGUUAGCUCUCUCUUGUAGGGAGUUGCCAUACCUCACAGUUCAAAGUGUAUUCUAUAGAUCAGUAACAUUAUACUGACAUGUAAUUGCAAUUUACUAUGCAGCAAAAAUGAUUCAAGAAAAAUAACCUACAGUGUCUGUUACCUUUGUAUAGGCAAUGCUUAAGUUACUCUGCUUUUAACAUUUGUACUUGGAUAAAAUGCUUAUGUAUGUAUAGGAAUGUCACAGUGCAAGAUGCUGCUAGCCCAGGCACAAAGUAUUAAAAUUAUUUUGUGAAGAUUGGUGGUUGUAUUAAAACUGUUGUGCCAUUGUACCUCAAAAAGCUUGAAAAGCUCAUUUAUACUGCUUGUGCCUUUUAGAACUUUAGAUUACUGUCUUCUGGGUAAAUGUAACCCAGUUUUAUUCCCACAGAUUAAGAAGGAUGAAUGAAUACUGGCUAUUGAGAAACACUUAAGAGUAUCUUCCAAAACACUGUGGUCACACACUAAAAAAUUAGUGUCAGUAAGUUCAUGCAAAGUUCAGAUUUCAGCUCAAGUAUAUUUUAAAGACUGCUUGAACAAGUUUGGAGUGGGAAGUGAGGGAAUUAGUUUCUGAAGGCAGAGGAUAAAUUAUUUCUGUAGGGUACCUUCCAACCCAUUUUAAAAAUACUGCUUGCUUUUACACAAAGUACCCUCUCCCCCCCUUUGAACCUACCUACAUACUUAGUAUUUUUCAUCAAAUCUAAAGAUGUCAUCACUAGACCAUCUUUAUGUCAUUAUUUUAGAUACCACUAAAAAGACAAAAUAUUUCUGAAGUAUGACAAGCCAUUGAUCAUAAAAUGCAUCCAGAUUUUUGAAACUGUAAAGAAAACCUUGCAUCUUAAAGUUAAUGAAAUACAAAUAUGUAGAACAUAAGGGGCACAAUAAAAAUCACAACUGCCACCCACUUCAUUAUACCUUUUCAAAAGCAAACAAUGCUUUCAUGUAGCUUUUUGUCAUAUUCAUUUACUCAGUGUGGCUGAGAAAAUGAUACAUAUACUCUGGUUAACUAAAGCUAAAUACAGAUCAUCCUCAAUCACACAAUAUUCAUAUACUAUGCCUUACCUAUAUUUCCUAUAGAUCUAAUAAGAACAUUAUUUUAAAGGAUUUAUUAAAAUACCAAACCUUGUAGACAGUUUUACUUCAUAUUUUUCAGUGGUAAGAAAGUAAUAUAACAUUGUUUUGCCUUUUACCAGGCUUAUACACAUCAGUUUAUAAUUGCCAGCAUGUACCUAAAAAUGGUACUGUUGUGCUAAGGUUACAAGACUCCCAAAAAGGCAAAGCUAGUGUUGCUUUAAUUAGAUAGAGAUCAGUUCAUCUAAACAGGUCAUCUGUAGAUAAGUAGUGCACCCAUUAUUGGAGAAGGGUUUAUUAUGUUUUAUCAGAAAUCUAACUUAUAACAUGAAGGGAAAUCUGAAAUCCAGUUGAGGUAGGUUCUAAUUAGAGGGAUGGAAAAACAGGCCAUUUUUACUUUCCAAAAUCAUUUUACAAAGAGUACAUAAUAUUAAAAUUUUAUGAGACAUGACUUGACCUAAUAAUUAAACAGGAGAUUCAAGAAAAGUGCAGACAACAUUAGGAUUCUAACAAAACACUAUUUAUCAUAUGAACAGGUUUAAUGUACCAUGGAAUGCAAAAGAUUAGAACCACUGAUAAAGUAUCUAAUUCUUCUACUUAAAAAAUAAUUAAAAUAAAUAAAAUCAAAUCAGGAUACUGACCAGAAUAAUAGUACCAUUAUUAUGAUCACAUUAAAUAGAAAAGCUUUCAUCAACAUUUUCAGAAUGUAACCAAUACAGUAUGGUACAUUUUUAAAUAUUCUCAUUUUUGUAAUUAUCUAUUUUUCAUAAAAAUGUUACUAAGAGAGGCUUCAGACACUCGUGAAAAGAUGAGAGAUCAAGUUAGAAAUACAUAAUAUGCCAGGAGUUGCUAAUUCACUGUUUUUAAAGUACUUAAUAUUGGCUCUAAGGUAUUUUUAAAUAAAUGAAUAAUUAUCUUUCACAUGUAAGACAGGUAACAUAUAAUGGAGAUAAACUACAUUAGAAUUAUAUAAACUUUAGAUGUACAUUUAAAUUGUUUGAAUCUUGUCACAUUUUAAAAGUUAAUUUUCAUUUUUACUUCUUUAAAACACUGAUCAGGUUGUUUGCCAAUAUAGUAUUAGGAUCAAUAAAUGUUGAAUUGCAUUACAUUUAGUUUUCAUGUAUCUAACUUACCCAAUUUCAUAUAACAUUUGGGAAAUAAUAUACCCCUAGGUGGUAUUUAGAUAUGUUUCUUUGAAACAAAAUUUUAUGAAUAUGAGAACGGCAUUAUUCAUUAGAUACUUUUUCAAAUGAGCAGUAAUGAUAGUAGACAUAACUCCUUAUUACCUCUAUUCUUGACUACCAAGAAAUGAAGCCAAACUUUAGAAAAAUACAAUGCAAGAAAAGAUUCAAGUUAAAAAUAUAUUCCUUUGGUUAAAAAUCAUCCCCAUUAUAAUAUUCAUUUGUAAUCUAAACACAUAGCAUGUCCCACCAGCCCAAAGUAAUCUUCUAAAUGUCAUUAUACUUGUAUUACAAUUUUUUUUAAAUUCAGUAUUUAUGGAGGUCACUGGGUUGCAGCAACAAACAUUUUUGACUCUAGGAAGAGUAUAACCUUGUUGCAUAAGCUCCUUUGAUGUCUUUCUUAAAAGAUUUUUACUUCAGAAACCUCCGACACAUGUAGUUUUCUUCAGAGACUGUAUAUCCAAACUUUUUAUAGAAACCAACAUUUUGUGGUAAACAUUCAAGGGUAAUCUUAUAACAGUUCAGUUUCUUGCUUAGCAAAGUAAGGGUAGAUAAUAACCUGAAAUUUAAACAAAAAAGAAAGAAAAGGGGGGGUAUGUUAAAUGGUUGUUAGUCAUUUAAUGUAAGUGAAUGCUACUUGAAAUUUCAAGUUUAUAGUACAAAAUAGGUUUAGAGAAUGGCCUUUCCCACUGUAUUCAUUUAAAUAUAAGCUUUAAUCACCGAAGCUUUUUGUUUCAAAAUACUCCAGUAAUUUUCAUGAAUAUAUAGGACAAAUACUAAACUCAUCCUAAAAGCUCUUUUUUAAAAAUAAAUUUUAAGAUUAAUGUUAACACUUAAGACUGAAAACCUUUUACAAGAUAUGGCCAGAAUUAUUUUUUAAAGGUCUUUUAUUUAUUUAUUUUUACUAAUAAGUUCAUUCAAACUACUUAGGAGCAGUCAACAUUCCCACAUAAUAUGGGUAAAUAACACCUUUGUUCUUUAUCAUCUUUAUUAAACUACUAUCUGUGGAAAAAGUAUCAGAUUAACUCUAGACUUAUCUAAUAUGAAGUGGAAACAAAGCAAACAAGUAUACAUUUUUAGGAAUCCUUAUAGUAUCUAAACCUAGAACAGAAUGAUUCUGCGGGAAGGGGCAGGAGAAUACUAAAAAAGAUGUACAAAAUUUUACUUGAAGAGUUCUUCUCAUGCACAGGCUGAAAAAUCAUAUUGUGAAGACAACAUCUUGAUUGAUAAUAUAAAAUCAUGAAUGGUAUGACUAGUGGGCUAGAAUAGUUAAAGUAUGUCUCUUUGGUUCUGUGACAUAUCCAAAAUACCUUCAAUAGCAAGUGCUUAAUAUUUGUUGAGUGAAUUUCUUAAAAGUAGAGGUAAUUAUAAAGUUCUAUUUUAUAAAAUUGGUAACAAACCUGUGAAACUUAAAUUUAUUUUGAAAGGUUUAUAUUUAUCUUUAAUAUGUAGGAUUAUGUAGGGACUAAUUUAAAUAGUUUAAAUUAUUGCAACUGCAUUCACUGUAUAAACCUAUCACUAAAUAUUUAAAUGAUUAUACAGUGCAUGAAGUUUCAUUAUGUGUUUCUAAAACUUGUUUUUAAAUAUGAGCGAAACUGGAGUAAAUCUUUUGACAUGGACAGUUUCUAUUUCCUAUUGAUAGAAAGAUACUAUUUGAAGUUAAAGAUGUAACUGUAAAACAAUAAACAUACAACUUCUGAACUUGAUAAAAGUAAUAUAAAUGAUUUAUUUCUUCUUUAAACUCAGUCUAAGUAUAGAGAGAGAAUAGGUUCAUAAUGAAUGACAUCUACAAAGAAUUUCAAACAGGAAAACAUUCAUAAUAAGUUAUCUUGGCCAGAAACUAUCAGCUGCAACACUGAGUAUCUAGUUUAUCCAGAGUUACCUUGUUUCUGCCUACUUACAAUUUGCCAAGCUGCUUUCCUCUGCAUUCAUCACUAACAACAACAUCUUCUACUCUUCCUCUCUGAAAAUAAUUAACAAUGUUGAAAGGACUAAGCAUGUAGUUUUGGUUUUAGCUGAAUCAACAAGGGACAGUGGUAAAAACUCAUUGAUAAAAAAGUUUUGUAAGCUAGACUUUGAGAAAAACCCAACUGCAUUUUUUAAACUUAUUACUAUAAAGGAAAUACAAUGAAUCACCUAGAGGCUGAUGUUCUUGCUUUGCCUAGUUCCUAUAUAGCCUCCUCACCUAACUGUUUUAAAGCAAAUCUCAGAAUCCAUAUCCUCAAAAUAUAAUCUUACACAAGCAUACAUUACCUUGUUCUUUAAUAGUAAUUUACUUCAGAUAGCUAAAUAUAAUUUAUUAAUUUCUAGCCCAGAAACACCAUAAUAAGUCAUAUUUAACAGAUUACGUUGCAGAUUUUCUUAUUCUCAUCGGAUUACCUAAAUUUUCUUCAGUCAUGAGUAAAGUGGCUCUUCAGACAUUAUAAGUGUCACAGUUAGAAUAGUAUUCUGAAUCCUUUAUAGCUUGGAAACUGAUUGGAAUUUGUGCUGAUGAGGUAUAUUCAAGGUAUUUUUGAGGGAAAAAAUAGCAUUACGGAUGUUAAAUGUUACUGCUAUAUUUUACAGUGAGGACUUCGCUUCAUUAUACCAAAUCUAACACCUUACUGAACAAUUUACUAGCAAACAAUGUUAUUGGUACCAUUUCUUUCCUAUAACUCUCAGGAGACAAUGGGAAAAUGCCUGUUCUAAGUGAUUUCUAAGAAGGAAUACCUUUACACAGCAAUAUGGUUCUCAUUUUACAAUGAAAAGCACUGCGAAAAGACUAAUGGAAACUCAAAAGUUGGUGUUACUAGAAAACACCUCUCCGUUUUACACAUGAGUAUCAAUAUGAACACAUACCUUAGCACAGGAAUGGAUGAAUUUAUGUUCAAUUAUCAGAGUUGCUGUAGCAACAAUCUGUCCUAAAGUCACAUCUUCCACAACUGUAACAUAAUAAUCCCCAGAUUUCUUCAUGUGCUCAAAAGAUUCUAUGAAAAUUGGAAAAGCAUUAUGUGCUACAUAUUACACCUUAUUGCUAGAAACUACAGUUAGCUGACUUCAUUAAUAAAUAUUUAGAGGUAUUUCAAUAAAGUAAUUGAUACUUUGUUCUAAAGAAAAUACUUGAAAUGACAGUUUAAAUAUUAAAAAUCAUAAACUGGAUAUAGCUCAUGCUGCUCACA